AUGCACGUGAUGCAUGCUCUAGUAAUAUGAUAUGAUGUACGUCUGCAUGCCGCGCCGUAAACCCUAAGCCACGCCCAAUAAAAUGGAGACCUUUGAGAUGGAACCUUCAUUGGAGACAGUUAAAGCAAUAUGUAUUCUUGAUAAUGACGGUCGUAGAUUGGCAAGCAAGUAUUAUGAUACCGUAACUUUCCCAUCCCUUAAAGAAGAGAAAGCAUUCGAGACUAACUUAUUUUCAAAGACUCAGAAAGCAAACGCUGAAAUUGUAAUGUUGGACGGUCUGACUGCUGUCUAUCGGAGUAAUGUAGACCUUUUGUUUUAUGUGAUUGGAUCUCAGACAGAGAAUGAACUGCUGCUGUUAAGUGUCCUCAAUGGUCUUUAUGAUGCUUUGAGUCAAGUGUUAAAACGUAAUAUGGAGAAGCAAGGUCUGUAUGAACACAUGGAAGUACUUAUGCUAUUGCUUGAUGAGAUAGUUGAUGGAGGGAUUGUAAUGGAAACUGAUCCAACUGUUUUACUGCACAGAGUAGCUGUGAAGUCUGAAGAAAGUGGAUUUUCAGAGCAAUCAGUAGCCAAUGUAUUUCAAAAUGCAAAGGAAAGCCUCAAGUGGUCAUUAUUGAAAUAAAACGUUUUCACUAGUAUUUUUGUUUAAAUCCUUUUUUCUUAAUUGUCUUAAAGACACUAAA